GCGGAGGUCAUCACGGAGGCCAUCACGGGGGUCACCACGGGGGUCACCACGGAGGUCACCAUGGAGGGCAUCACGGUCAUCAUGGCUGAUCUAGCAUCAGUUGUGGCUGCGAGUGAGCAGGGGAUUUCCGACUUCCGUUUACCAACAUGGCAAAUAAAACUUUUCUGAAGAUUUGUUUUGUGUUUUCAAUAGGAUUUCUUCUUUUACCUUCAACAGUGUAAAGUGAAUAAUGAUUACACGAUUUCUACGUUUACGCACUAGUCUAGAAUUUGAGAUUGCCCUAUUCUUUUCAGAUAAGUCAAGAGGAUAUAAACUUUAUCUAAAAAAUAAAUGCAUUUAAUGCUUUACGAAAUGUUAUGCUAAAGCAGAAUCACUGUCUCUAGUGCCUUUAAUAAAAAUUAUUUGAUGUUUCA